GGUUAUAGUGUGAGUGUGACGUGGUCUUAUCCCCCCAACACCAUCCUCUCCUAUCUUUUCUGUGAAUUUCAGACCUCAUCUCUUUACCCCUUAAUUCUCACACAAUUGAAGCUGAAGCCGUGCGCCACCCCAGCAGCAUUCAGCCAACCCACGCAUCUCCUAUUCUCUCCCAAAUAUACAUAUUAAUACUCCGCCUUUUUCUUACUUCUUCCGCAAUCCACCAUGGCAGCUGCACCGCCAGUUGCCAGCCAUCGUCCUUCCCUCAGCCUCCCCCUCCUUUCUCCCAAAUUCUCCCUCUCCCACUCUACCAAUUUGCUGGACUUCGACUUUCUCAUUAUCCCCCCCAAACUAAGGAGUAUUGCUGGAAGAUCGAGAGUUCGAGCGCGUAGGAGAUUGUAUGCCGGUCCUGGUCCGGUUGCGGCAUUGGGUGGACUCCUUGGCGGGAUUUUCGGCACUGGCACAGAUACUGGAGAGUCCACCAGAAACCUCUAUGCUACCACCGUUGCGCUCAUCAAUCAGAUGGAGCCUGAGAUUUCGUCUCUCUCCGAUUCCCAGUUGAGGGAAAGGACCUCCGCGUUGCAAGAACGUGCUAGUCGCGGUGAUUCCUUGGACUCCCUUUUACCCGAAGCAUUUUCCAUAGUGAGAGAGGCUUCUAAAAGGGUUCUAGGCCUUCGGCCGUUUGACGUACAAUUAAUAGGUGGUAUGGUUCUCCACAAAGGAGAAAUAGCUGAAAUGAAAACAGGAGAAGGAAAAACACUUGUUGCCAUAUUGCCUGCUUUUCUAAAUGCAUUGGUUGGGAAAGGAGUUCAUGUUGUUACUGUUAAUGAUUAUUUGGCUCGACGAGAUUGCGAAUGGGUCGGUCAAGUUCCACGUUUUCUUGGAUUGAAGGUUGGCUUAAUUCAGCAGAAUAUGACAAGUGAACAAAGGAGGGAAAACUACCUAUGUGACAUCACAUAUGUUACAAACAGUGAGUUGGGCUUUGAUUAUUUAAGAGAUAAUCUUGCCACGAGCGUUGAUGAACUUGUCUUGAGGCCUUUCAAUUACUGUGUCAUCGAUGAGGUUGAUUCUAUUCUCAUUGAUGAAGCAAGGACUCCUCUCAUCAUAUCAGGAUCUGCGGAAAAACCAAGUGAUCGUUACUACAAAGCUGCUAAGAUUGCCUCGGCCUUUGAGCGAGAUAUACAUUAUACUGUAGAUGAGAAACAAAAAACAGUUUUACUUACAGAACAGGGUUAUGCAGAUGCUGAAGAAAUUCUGGAUGUAAAAGAUUUAUAUGAUCCAAGAGAGCAAUGGGCAUCGUACAUAUUAAAUGCAAUAAAAGCUAAGGAACUUUUUCUUAAAGAUGUAAACUAUAUAAUCAGAGGCAAGGAGGUUCUCAUAGUGGAUGAGUUUACUGGACGAGUAAUGCAGGGGCGACGUUGGAGUGACGGACUUCACCAGGCAGUUGAAGCAAAAGAAGGCCUGCCCAUACAAAAUGAAACUGUGACCUUGGCUUCAAUUAGCUACCAGAACUUCUUUCUUCAGUUUCCAAAACUUUGUGGCAUGACUGGCACUGCUGCUACUGAGAGUGCAGAAUUUGAGAGCAUAUACAAGCUGAAAGUUACAAUUGUUCCCACAAACAAGCCCAUGAUAAGAAAGGAUGAAUCAGAUGUAGUGUUCCGAGCAACUACAGGAAAAUGGCGAGCAGUUGUAGUAGAGAUAUCUCGGAUGAAUAAAACAGGUCGGCCGGUGCUUGUUGGUACAACUAGUGUUGAGCAGAGUGAUGCAUUAUCUAAACAGCUACGUGAAGCUGGAAUUCAGCAUGAGGUUCUGAAUGCAAAACCAGAAAAUGUGGAAAGAGAAGCUGAAAUUGUGGCGCAAAGUGGACGUCUUGGGGCGGUUACAAUUGCAACAAACAUGGCUGGCCGUGGUACUGACAUAAUCCUUGGUGGUAAUGCAGAAUUUAUGGCGAGACUGAAGUUACGAGAGAUGUUGAUGCCAAGAGUUGUAAGGCCAGCUGAAGGAGUUUUUGUUUCUGUAAAGAAACCUCCUCCAAAGAAAACAUGGAAGGUUAAUGAGAGCCUGUUUCCGUGCACACUAUCCAAUGAAAACUCCAAAUUGGCGGAGGAAGCCGUACAGUUUGCUGCCAAAACAUGGGGUCGGAGGUCAUUGACUGAGCUUGAGGCAGAAGAGUGGCUGUCAUAUUCUUGUGAAAAGGGACCUGUUCAGGAUGAAGUAAUAUCAAAGCUGCGCAGUGCAUUUCUGGAAAUUGUUAAAGAAUAUAAGGUUUACACGGAGAAAGAGAGGGAGAAGGUUGUCUCAGCUGGUGGGCUUCAUGUUGUGGGUACAGAACGUCAUGAGUCACGCCGAAUUGAUAAUCAGCUGCGUGGUCGUAGUGGAAGACAGGGAGACCCGGGAAGUUCCCGAUUCUUUCUUAGUCUUGAAGAUAACAUUUUUCGCAUAUUUGGUGGAGAUCGAAUUCAGGGUUUGAUGAGAGCGUUUAGAGUUGAAGACUUGCCAAUUGAAUCCAAGAUGCUGACAAAAGCACUAGAUGAAGCUCAGAGAAAAGUGGAGAAUUACUUUUUCGAUAUUAGAAAGCAAUUAUUUGAAUACGAUGAGGUUUUGAACAGCCAAAGAGAUCGAGUAUACACAGAGAGGAGGAGGGCCUUAGAAUCUGAUGAUCUCGAAUCCCUCCUAAUUGAAUAUGCUGAAUUGACAAUGGAUGAUAUACUAGAGGCAAAUAUUGGUUCUGAUGCUCCCAGGGAAAAUUGGGAUUUUGAGAAGCUUAUAGCAAAACUUCAACAGUAUUGCUAUCUUUUAAAUGAUUUAACUCCUGAGUUGUUGGAAGGUAAAUGUUCCACUUAUGAGGAGUUAAGAGAUUAUCUUCACCUUCGUGGACGUGAAGCAUAUCUGCAGAAAAGGGAAAUAGUGGAGAAAGAGGCUCCAGGUUUGAUGAAAGAAGCAGAAAAGUUCCUAAUAUUGACCAACAUUGAUCGAUUAUGGAAGGAACACCUGCAAGCUUUAAAGUUCGUUCAGCAAGCUGUAGGUUUACGGGGAUAUGCACAGAGGGAUCCACUCAUUGAGUACAAACUUGAAGGAUACAAUCUAUUUGUAGAAAUGAUGGCACGGAUAAGAAGGAAUGUCAUAUAUUCUAUUUACCAGUUCAAACCUGUCUUGGUAAAGGAGCCAAACAACGUGGAGCGUGGGAAAGAAGUUAAGCUCAACACCAGUGGAAAGGAAAGUGAUUAUAAUAUUCCUGAUCUACCUACCACGCCCUCUUCAUCAACUGUUGGUCAGUAAAUCCAGAAUUUGAGUCAGAAAUAUAAGCUGUACUAUUAGUUGUAUAACAGAUUGUGAAUAAAGUGUAGAAGGUUGCACCGAGAAGUGUUUCGACAGUUGUAUCAAUGUAAUUGAAAUGUAGAGGGAUGUGGAAAAUCGAACGCAGAGGGAACAUAGUGCUAUCCGCUUUAGUUGUUGAACUUUUGCUUUUGCCAUCUAUUGCUAAAUCAGAUGAGGUCUAUAGAUUAAAACCGAAACAUACUGGUAAUGCGAAUGCAUGGUGGCCCUUCUAUUGUAGGGAUGAAU